AUGGCCUCAUCGAGUAAUAAAAAGUGCAGGCAGUAUAGCGUGGACUAUUUGCGAUAUGGCUUUAUUCAAUUUCCAUCUAAUAAGCAGUUACCACCGUGCUUGCUCUGUGAACAAAGUUUUUCCAACAAGGCCAUGAAGCCUUCUCGUCUUAUUAAACAGUUGGAAAAGAAACACAGUGACAAAAAGGACAAAGAGGUGCAUUUUCAAACAUUAAAGAAUAAAUUCAAUCAGCAACCAAUGAUUUCCACUGCUUUUUCAAAGAUGGGAGCCACAAAUGUAGAUGGGCUUGUGGCAUCAUACAACAUAGCGAAGCUAAUCGCAAAAUGUGGUAAACCUCAUUCCGUGGGUGAAUUGUUGGUGCUUCCAGUUAUUGCUGAAGUAUUAUCAACCAUGCUACAUCAGGAACCAUCAAUGACUAUCAAGCGUAUUCCUCUUAGCAAUGAUUCCGUGAGAAGGCACAUCAAUGAAAUGGCCUCAAAUGUUGAGGAUAAAUUAUGUUCCCUUUUGAUAGCGAAAUAAAUCACCUUACAAAUUAAUGAAAGUACUAUAUGUGGAAAUCAAGCUUUACUUUUGGGGUACGUAUGUUUCAUCGACAAAAAUGAAAUACGAGAAGAACUACUUUUUGCUCUGGAUCUACCGACAGAUACCAAAGGUAAGACCAUCUUUGACUGCGUCAAGGAUUAUUUUGAUAAAAAGUCUGUUCCCCUCAAAAACAUUUAUGCUUGUGCUAUGGAUGGCGCAUAUGCUAUAACUGGCCAACAUCGGGGAUUUGUCGCAUUAUUAAAGAGAGAAGUGCCCAUGUUUUCACAGUACACUGCAUAA